AUGAAAAUAUCGCUUUCUUCAACCUUAGCCAUGACUCCUCUCCCCAAAACACUACACUAUAACCACCUCUCCUUCACCCACCGCCAUUCUCCAUUUCCAACACCUUCCUCUACCUUCUCCUUCCGCCCUCAAUCUCCUCACCACUUCUCCUCCUCCCCCUUACUAUUCUCAUCCAUCAAAGCCUCAUCCUCCUCUUCCUCCUCAUCCUCACCCUCACCAAAAAACAACAACCAUUCCCAAAAACCCCAAAACCCCUUUUCCCAAUUACUCAAAACCCUAAACCCCUUUUACUCGCCUCUCUUCGAACCCGCUUAUGUCGCAGUAUCAAUUCUCGCAUUAUUCUUGUUCAGCUUUCAACAAAAUCCCGUAACCGCCACGUCAUCACUUCCACCUCCUCCAGCCCAAUCUUCCACCACCACCACCACAUCACCACUCCCACCUCCUCCACCGGAAACUUCCACUGCCCCCGCCACAACCGCAGCUACAACGGACGAGAAUUUAUUCGAAAAUAGUAUUCCAAUAGAAGACAUCCUGAUUGAAACCUGCAACGAUGCAAACGCUCUUCGGUCACUCGCGGAGGAGAAAGUGAAAGCUAAAAAACUCGGGGAGGCAAUUCGUGUUGUGGACCGUAUAAUUGAACUCGAACCGGAGGAAUUUGAUUUACAGUUACUGAAAGCACAUUUGCAUUGUUUCAACGGGGAACACGAAUUGGCUAAGAACGGAUUUGAACUUUUUUUGGAGAAAGAUCCGUUAAAUUCUGAAGCUUAUCGUGGUCUUUUGUCGGCGAACUUGGAAUUAAAUGAGCCAUUGGAGGGUUUUUUGAAUAGGGUUGAUGAAGUAGUGAGUUUUUUCGAGGAGGAAAAGAUGGAGUCAGAAGCGAGGGAGUUUAAGCUUUUAAUUGCGCAGGUGAAGGUAAUGCAAGAGGAUUAUUCUGCUGCGUUGAAGGUGUAUGAGGAAAUUGUGAAAGAAGAACCGAGUGAUUUUAGACCUUAUUUAUGUCAGGGUGUUGUGUAUACUCUGCUAAGGAAGAAUGAUGAAGCUGAGAAACAGUUUGAGGAGUAUAGGAAACUUGUUCCGGAAAAUCAUCCCUAUAAAGAGUAUUUUGACAAUAACGCUCAGAUUUUAUCGAAGAAGCUUGAGAAGGGAGGAAUAGAAGCAAAGAUUUGA